AACCUUCCAGCUCCAGACAACCUGAGCCCAGGUUCCCACAGCUCAGUACAGCCAUGAGUGUGGAGGUGAAAGUGACAGGGCAGAACCAGGAGCAAUUUUUGCUCCUGGCCAAGUCAGCCAAAGGGGCAGCGCUGGCCACACUCAUCCACCAGGUGCUGGAGGCCCCUGGUGUCUACGUGUUUGGGGAACUGCUGGAUAUGCCCAAUGUUAGAGAGCUGGCUGAAAGUGACUUUGCUUCCACAUUCCGGCUGCUCACAGUGUUUGCUUAUGGAACAUAUACCGACUACUUAGCUGAAGCCAGGAAUCUUCCUCCACUCACUGAAGCUCAGAAGAAUAAACUUCGACACCUCUCAGUUGUCACCCUGGCUGCUAAAGUCAAGUGCAUCCCAUAUGCAGUGUUGCUAGAAGCCCUUGCUCUGCUUAAUAUGAGGCAGCUAGAAGACCUGGUGAUUGAGGCUGUAUAUGCUGAUGUGCUUCGAGGCUCACUGGAUCAACGCAAUCAGCGUCUAGAGGUUGACUACAGCAUUGGACCGGACAUCCAGCGCCAAGACCUUAGUGCCAUUGCCCAAACCCUGCAGGAGUGGUGUGUGGGCUGUGAGGUUGUGCUGUCAGGUAUCGAAGAGCAAGCGAGCCGUGCCAACCAGCACAAGGAGCAGCAGCUGGGCCUAAAGCAGUAGAUUGAAAGUGAGGUUGCCAACCUUAAAAAAACCAUUAAAGUUACAACAGCAGCAGCUGCUGCAGCCACAUCUCAGGACCCCGAGCAACACCUGACUGAACUGAGGAACCCAGCUCCAGGCACCAACCAGCGCCAGCCCAGCAAGAAGGCCUCAAAAGGGAAGGGGCUCGGAGGGAGUGCCAAGAUUUGGUCCAAGUCGAACUGA